GGUACAGCCACGCAUCAGUACACUGACCUUUUGCAGCAACAAGAGCAUCGGUGCGUUGCAAGUGAAACGACAUUCCUCACCCCGCUCAAGGAUUCUGCCAUUCUAGUCUAAAAUGGCCCAACGAGUGACUCUGCGCAAGCGCCAACCCUACAACACCACCUCCAGCCGCAGGCGCGUGGUCAAGACCCCCGGCGGAAAACUGGUGUACCAUCACCUCAAAAAGAUCGCUACCUCUCCGAAAUGUGGUGACUGUGGUAUCGGACUCCCUGGAAUCCCUGCUCUCCGACCACGGGAAUACGCCACUAUCUCGAAGCGUCAGAAGACAGUACGUCGGGCGUACGGUGGAUCGCGUUGUGGUGACUGUGUCAAGCAGCGCAUACUGCGUGCUUUUCUGGUUGAGGAGGCCAAGAUCGUGAAGCGCGUUAUCAAGUCACAGCAGAAGAAGUAGAUACUGCUGUGUCACCUUUCCUACUGUCAACUCUGUGCACGACGAUCCAUUCCCAUAUCUCCCUCUUCUCGGGGCCAGUGCAGCAUGGAGUGGAACAAUAUGUACCUGACUAUGUCUACCGUAUGCUUAUGCGCUCUACCUGCUCCAGGUCUCAAAUUGCUUGCAAGUUUAUUGUCCAGGAUACCUACUACCCUCGGUUUUGAAUUUUCGAGAUACUCGCAAUUCAUUUCCAGCCGCGAAUGGUCGUAGGUGUUCAGGUAUGCAGAAGACUAGAAGACUGCAUUUUAUCGCUUCUCCUUUCCGUUACUCUGACUGAAGGCAAACCCUGUCAAAUUUUUUCAUACUCCACUCUCUCAGCUACGGUGUGCACAGCGUGGGCAUCGGUCUAAACAUCCUGUGUCGGCCUUGCUAUGGUAUUUGAUCAAAAUGAUGUGUUGAGUUACUGCGAUCGUGUAGAAAACAUUCGAAUUGUACAAUCGAG